UGCUGCCGUCUAAACUCCUCUGCCCCGCGACCACAGACUGCAUUAAACAGCUUGAGAAGAGCCAGACCCGCGCAGAACCGAUCACCGGCGAUCGCCGCACAACGCAUUCCGGUUAGAUUCGGUUAGAUUCAGUCCGACUUGAUCCCGACUUGCUCUGACGUCACGUACACGUGGGCAAUGAUAACCUCACGAGAUCGAGGCUGCUGCAGUUUUUAGGGUCGUGUCUAGAUGGUAAACUUGGAUUUGCUCGACAAAUUGCUUCAGGCAAUAAAACUACUUGGGUAGGUUUAGGAAUGCGCACAAUAAAGAAACAACAACAGGGUUACCAUCUAGACACGAUCUGUUUUUAGAGCUAGGCGCUGCAGGUGCGACUGCAAGACCCCGGGCAUGAUGGGAAACGCCUGGCUAUCGCCAGACCAAAGAGCUGAUUGGCUCUUAGUUUUGAUCACAAACAGCACGUGCGCGUUCAGCCCCGACAGAACGUAGCAAAGCGCUUAUUUAAACGGAAGUGGUGGUGCUCUGAACACCCUGUUGUGUACGCAAGCGCACUGCAGGGUUUAUAUACCCGUCACUGGGACUGGGUAACACCUCUGACACACCCACCAAACGAGAGAAAACGUGCCUCAAAGCGUUGCACACCGGAAACCGGAGCAAAACGAUGUAAACCUUUUUCAGAUUGAACGCGCCCCUGUUGUCUGUCUACUAUAGCAACCGUGAAGUGGAUUCAGCAACAGGAAAGGGGCUGAAAGGAGUUGCUGAAUGAGAAUCAUAUCAACAUCUCUGACGGUCUGAGAAAUAUGGAUGGUGGAACUAAUGAUGUGCAGGCAGAGCUGGACUCGGUGGAGGCAGAGCUGGAGUUGGUGGAGCUGCAGAUCACAGAGCUCCUGCAGAAGCAGGCUGAGCUUACUACUCGUAAGAAUGCACUGCUGCAGCAGCUGGAGGAAGCCUGUGAUGCUGCACAGCCAUCAUCCUCUUCAUCUUCCUCAAAGGCAUCUGGAGCUGAACCAAAAAUAAGCAAGCAGGAGAUACGGCGCUAUGAUGGCACAGAUUUCCCAUGGUCCGAAGAAGUGGAGCAGCACCUGAAGGACUCGUUCCAUCUCUCCACGUUCAGACCACUGCAGCUGAGGGCCAUCAACCUGACCCUGUCAGGCAGAGAUCUGUUCCUGGUGAUGCCCACAGGAAGAGGAAAAAGCCUCUGCUACCAGCUGCCUGCAGUCUGUUCUAAGGGUUAUACAUUGGUAGUCACUCCCCUGGUGUCCCUGAUGGAGGACCAGAUCAUGUACCUGAAGUCCAUCGACGUGUCAGCAGUCAUGCUGAAUAGGUCCAGUAGCAAGGAGCACGUCAAGACAGUUAUGGCUGGAAUGAUGGAUCCCAAGGCCCCUUUCAAGCUGGUGUACGUGACUCCGGAGAAGAUCGCCAAGAGCAAGCUGCUCAUGUCCCGUCUGGAGAAAGCCUACAAAGCAAACCUGCUGAGUCGUAUAGCUGUGGACGAGGUGCACUGCUGCAGCCAGUGGGGACAUGACUUCAGACCAGAUUAUAAACUGCUGGGCAUCCUGAAGAGGCAGUUCCCUAAAGUCCCAGUGCUCGGGCUCACAGCCACGGCGACGAGCAGCGUCCUCAAGGACUGUGAGAAGAUCCUGUGUGUGCCACAGCCAGUCACACUGACCGCAUCCUUCAACCGAACCAACCUCUACUACGAGGUCCGUAGUAAAGAUUCAGACAAUGAUGCAUCAAUAAGUGACAUCGCCUCUCUGAUCAAGAACAGAUACAAGGACCAGUCAGGGAUCGUGUACGUGUUCUCUCAGAAGGAUGCAGAGUCGGUAUCGUCUGAACUUCAGAAGAGAGACAUCCUGGCCUAUCCCUACCACGCUAACAUGGACCCUGACGAUAAGUCCCGCGUUCACCGCAAAUGGACCGCCAACAAAAUCCAGGUGGUGGUGGCCACAGUGGCGUUUGGCAUGGGCAUCGACAAGCCUGAUGUCAGGUUUGUCAUCCACCACACCAUCAGCAAGUCCAUCGAGAACUACUACCAAGAGAGUGGACGCGCAGGUAGAGACGACCAUCCGGCAGACUGCAUCGUCUACUUUGGCUUCUCUGAUAUCUUCAGGAUCAGCACCAUGGUGGUGAUGGAGAACGUUGGUCAGCAGAAGCUGCUGCAGAUGGUCGACUACUGCCAGAAUGUUGACAGGUGUCGGCGCUCUCUCAUGGCUGUUCAUUUUGAUGAGGUGUGGGACGAUGAAGGAUGCGACCAGAUGUGUGAUACUUGCCGCCACGCAAACGACUACACCACCAUGGACAUUACCCAGCAUGCCAGGCAGGUGGUGCAGAUUGUGGAGCUAGCAGCGUCCAUGGAUGAGAAGCUGACUCCUCUGAAGCUGGUGGAGGCGUGGAUGGGGAAAGGCCCAGCCAAGCGCAGGAAGAUGAUCCAGACCACCACACUGUCUCGGCUGCAGGCUGAAGCUGUGAUUGUGCGGCUGCUGCUACAGAGAUACCUGAGAGAGGAUUUCAGCUUCACUCCGUACACCACCUACUUCUACAUGAAGCUAGGCAGCAAAGCUCCUCUGCUGAAGAACCAGACUCACACACUCAGCAUGAAGAUGAGGACAACAGGGACUGGAUCUGCUGUGGACACAUCAGCUGUUAAAGCCAAUGAGGGGAAGAUUGAGAUGACCUUUGACCCCAUUGUCAUUGACGACAGCUGUGCCCCACAACCCAAACAGAAACUAUUUAAAGAACAGAGGAACAUGUCAAGGAAACAGGAGCUGAAGCCAGUCAGCCAGACAGACAAACGGACAGAGAGAACACAAAAACAGCUGACAGACAGACAUGGAGAGGAAGAGGAGGAUAACAGGAGAUCCAUCAAGCAUCAGCAUGUAAUUGAGGUUGAUGUUGAAAUUAACAUUAUAGAUGACAGCGAUGGUCAGAAAACAUCGUCACAUCCAGUCAAACCUUGUUCCAAACGCAAAUCCAUCACCCCGCAGAGAGUGAGGAGGAAACCCCAUGCUAACGCGGCAGCAGCGGAUGUUCCCUCUCCGUCCCCAGGUGGUGACACCAACACUGUGCCCAGCUCGCCUUCCCAGGCCUCCAUCAUCUCUGAGACUGCAGCCGAGGAGCUCUGUGACCUGAGGAACUACUACAGCAAACAGCUGAAGAGAAUAAACUACAUUUCCCAUGAAUACCUGGGGCAGCCUGCAGAUCCAGGAGUGCUGGCAUGUAUCAGGGAGCCUCUGAGGAGCCUCCGUCUGCCCCGCAGUGUCUCCAUUGGCCUGACGGCCCGCAGCCUGUGGACACGAGUCAGCGGCAGGAGGAAGCUGGUUCACCGGUGACAUCACAGUUUGAAGUUCAUUCGGCUGUAGCUAGAUUCAUGUUCAUAGGUGUAUUAUCAAAAAAUGUUCACAGCUACUGUUAUACUACAAUCACAAAUGUUUUAUCUGCUGUCACAGAUAAAGAAGCCACUGUGUAGCAUUUAAAAAUGUCAGACUUUGGAGCCAGCUGGUGGUAGAUUCGAAAAAGAGACUGCAGUAGACCAAAGUGUGUGCUGCCAACCCCCAUCACCCCACAGAUCUGACCUGGGAACACUGAGAUGAAUGGACUGAAAGCAACACAUAACAUGAUUGUUUUAUUUUUCUACAAACAAAAACAUAUGCAAUUUUGAGAAUCAUUUGUAAGAUGCUGUGAUCAAAAAUCUAAAAAAAAAUGUAUACAUAGUGGCUUUGAAUGCCCUUCAUAGGCUGAUAGACAUUUUCCAUGUUUCAUACCUCACCUGCUCUGUUGCCAAUUGAUUGUCUUCAUGAAUAUAAUAUCAAGUUUUGGACCUUGA